GUCAGUUCAGAGCUGCGGACAAGUUCCUGUUACAUUUACACAGAUGCAAAUCUUUCAUGAUUACCCUGUGAAAUACUGAAAAUCUACAGCGACAUUUAAUCGCAAAGGUCACCAAACUAUGGAAAUACCAGCCAUAAAUCUCAAGGCCAUCAUAUUGGUUCAUUGGUUACUGACAGUCUGGGGAUGUUUGACUUCCUGGCUUCCUGUCUCUUAUGUUUGGGGGAACAUGAGUAUUCUUGCUGUGGGAGUUUGGGCCAUAGCACAGAGAGACUCCAUAGAUGCUAUUUUAAUGUUCUUGAUUGGAUUAGCUAUCACCAUCAUGAGUGACAUUGUCCAUUUUGUGGUGUACUACGCUCCGUCUGAAGCCUUGUUCGAAAGAACCAUGCGAGACACGUUCCGCUUUAGUGCGGGCAUGGCCAUCCUGAGCCUGAUCCUCAAACCCGUUUCCUGCUUCUUUGUCUACCAGAUGUACCAUGAGCGGGGUGGUGACUACAACGUCAACUUUGGUUUCCCAACUAUAACUCGAAACAGAGAUGCCUACCAGUCCAUUGACCAGCAAGAUCAGUCGUCUGGCAGCUCUGCCAACCUAUUUGUCCAAGCAGAAAACAGCAAGCCUGGACCACGUUCCUGUUGAAAAUGUAGUUUUAUAUACUGCCAAAACCAUAUGUGUUAGUUAUUUUUCAGGGGAAUUAUUAUUAUUAUGUUAUUAAGGUCUUUGGUAGUUCCUGGAGAUAUUUUUAGAGAAUACAUUGCUACAUUCGUUAAUAAAAUAAAAUAACUGUCACAUCCAACAGCAUGAAUUAAUAGUUCAAGUUUUUGAGCAAAAAGGUCAAAUCAACUUCACAUCUGUUUCUCCGGGAGUUCUCAUGUUUAGAAAUUUAGAUCAGAUAAUUGAGAUGUCUAAAGAGCACUCCUAUUUUUGCUCCUUGAAGGUUAUUCUCUCACUUAGCACUUUAUUAGGAACACCUGUACACCUACUUAUUACAUAACAUUGCCAGUGAAUGCAUAAAAUCAUGCAGAUAUGGGUUAGGAGCUUCAGUUAAUUUUCACAUCAACCAUCAAUACAGGGGGAAAUUUUAUGAUUUAGACUCUGGCGUGAUUGUAGGUGCCAGAUGGGCUGGUUUGAGUAUUUCUGUAGGCCUAACUGCUGAUUUGCUUGGAUUUUCAUGCCCAAUAGUCCCUAGAGUUUAUUCAGAAUUGUGCCAAAAACAAAAAAACAUCCAGUGAGCAGCAGCUCUGCAGAGGAAAACACCUUGUUGAUGAGAAAAGUCAACAGUGAAUGGCCAAACUGGUUCGAGCUGACAGAAAGACUGCAGUAACUCAGAUAACAAUUCUGUACAAUUGUAGUGAGCAGAAGCGCAUCAGAAUAUUGAGGUGAAUGGGGGCUACAACAGCAGAAGACCACGUCUGACACUAUUAGGACCAUAGUGUUCCUAAUAAUGUGCUCAGUGUGUGUAUAUCUGCAUGAUUUGCAUAUUAGCUGUUUCCAAAAGAUGACCUCUCACUUGAUUGUUGUAUUCAUGAUGUGCAGUUUUUUCAUAGAAAGAUCUCUUGAAACUGUCAUUUUUUAGCCUCCUGCUAAUCUUUGUUGGUGAGUUGUGUCUUGCCAACACUGUUUUUCAUUUUCCAAGGCAGUUUGUUGUAUUUGACACUAUAAAGCCAAAAGUAUGUGGAAACCGAACAAAAAAGUGCUUGUUGAAUAUUUAACUUCAAAUGCAUAAGCAUUAGGUACUAGUUCUCCCUUACAGCUUCUACUCUUCUGAGAAGCCUUCCCAUUAGAUUUUGUAACAUGGCUGCUGGUAUUUGCUCCCAUUCAGACAGAAGAGCUCAACGGCCUGGCUCACUUUCAGCAUUCCAAUUCAUCCCAAAGGUGUUCAUUGGGGUUCAGGUCUAGUCUUUUUGCAUUCCAGUAAAGUUCUUCCACACCAGACUCCGUAAACCAUUUCUUUUAUAGACUGCUUCAUUAGGAAUGUGGUCCAAGGGCAUUGCCAUGCUAAAACAGAAAGGGGCUCUCCCCAAACUGUUGCUACAAAGUUGGGAGUAACUCUGGAAUGUCAUUGUAUACUGCAGCGUAAUGAUUUGUCUUCGCUGGAAUUAAGGGGCCUAGCCAAACCAUUAAUUAGAAGGGGAUGUCCAAAUUUGUUUUGCCACAUAGUGUAUGUUGUCAUAGUUUUCAACAUUUACCUUUCUACUUUAAGCAAUUUUGCAGUUCGCCAACAUCAUAUUUUAAAGAUUUAAAAGUUCCUAUAUGGUCAAACCAUAUGCCAUACAAUCUGUUCUGUAUAUCUGAAGUAUAAUUUAUUAGAAUGGUCAUGCACACUGGAUUAUUUACUUGCUAAAUUGGUAAUGAUGAACUUUGACAUCUGAGAAUUGAGAUGUCCUAUCAGAUGUUGCAAUCUAUAAAUCAGAAGUGAGAAAAUGGGUUUUGGAAUUAGAUAAAUCCAUUUAGACAAACAUGUAAAUGUAGGCUAAGCACUUUUUCAAAAUGCCAAACAAUAUUAGAUGUAUUAUCAGUAUACCAAUACCAACAAUGUAACAAAUUAAAUGAAUUUUAUUUCAUCAAUGCCGUAGUGCAUGUGCUAUGGCACUGUGGUUACUUUGCACAUUCACUGUUACAAACAAAACAGGUGCUUUCUUAAAUGAGUUCACCCAAAAAUAAAUGUGUUAUUUUGUCUGCUACAUAAGCUCAAAGAUAACAUACAGUAAGAUGUGUUAGUCUAUUCCUUCCAAUUGCAAAUAUCACUGUUUUAGGUUUACUUUGUUAUAAUAACCAAAUACAGAUGCAUCAUGUUUACAUUAAUUAAUUGGAAUGCUGGAUGGUCAUAGUGCACAAAGUGCAAAUACUUGGGUGCAAUUUAACUUCAUGUCAAUUCUUUUUUUAAAUUGUGGUUUAACAUUCAAGCUUUGGGUUCCUGACUGUACCAGACAUGAAAUGCUGGACCAUUUAAUGUUUUUGGAAAUAUUAAAUAAUUUGUAUUCAUCCUGUAUGACAUUGAUUGCUUAAGAGAUGGCUUGAUUUGUUAUGAAAUCCCGUAGUGUUCUGUCAUCUUGUGUAAUUGUACCAUGUGUUUUCUUGUGAUUCAGUUUUCCCUUUUCCAGUUAUGAGAACAAGCUUGAUUCAACAGUGGUUUCUCCAAAUUGACCAAAUAAACCAGACCUUUCAUGAUUUCAGACGAACGACAAAGAACAUUACAUGUCAAGUACAAAUACUGGAGCUGCCAUUUGUUGACCUGUCAUCUUGUUAUAGUUCGUUCAGUGUAAAAUGAUUAGUCUUUAGUUUCUGAAGGAGAAAGGUAACUGCGUGAUGAGUUCCUUAUGUAGAUCUAUCUUUCACUUUGUGUCGCAACAUUGAGGCAAUAUGUGUGAAGCAAUAUGGUAAAAUCGUGCUUAGUUCCAACCAAACCUGCAACAUGCACUGCUGUUUCUGGUCUGUCUGCUUCAUCUAAUUUAUUAUUAUUAUUUUACAUCUCCUAAGUGGGUGGAAGCACUCUGUUGAGUACCUCAAAUACUGUCAUUGCAUCAAAUUAGUUCCCACUGUUUAUUUCAUACCUACUUGCAAUAUUACAAAUUAUGUCAUAAAAAAAUGCCUCAGUGCAUGAAACAUUUACUCAUUUAAAUUAUAACUGUAAUAAUGUUGUAGAUUUCAUUGGCAGAAAUGAUCAUUAAUGUGGUCUUGAUGAUAAUGUUUCAAGUAAGAGAUGAGGUGGUGAUAAUUAUUUCAGAGAUUAGUAUUGUGUAU